ACAGACAAGACGCUCCAAAACAUCCGUCAUGCCCCUGAGGAUCAAAAUACAGGCGAAAUAAGCGACACUAAAACCGAUGUUAUCGCCGUAAAUUCAUUGCUUUAAGAAUAAAUCACGCUUUAUCUGCCUUUCGAGCUCCCUGAGACGCGAUGGCUGACGGUGGGAAUGCUGUGGAAGCGGAAGUAGAUGAUGAUGAGCCGCCCACCAUGAGCUACCCCCUGAUCACUGUGUCUGACCUGCCCAGCAGCACCACAGCAGCACGAGAUGAACCGACUUCACCAAAAGGCCGUAAUCUGAAAGAAUGGCUUCAGGAGCAGUUCUGUGACAAACCUCUGGAGCAGUGUGAGGACAUGCGUCUGCAUAAUGCCGCCUAUGUGGGAGAUUUGGACACUAUCAGGACCCUGUUGCAGGAAGACAGCUUCAAAGAACGGAUCAAUGAGAAAUCUGUGUGGUGCUGUGGCUGGCUGCCCUGCACGCCUCUGCGCAUAGCUGCUACUGCUGGCCAUGGUGACUGUGUGGACUUCCUCAUCAACCAUGGGGCCGAGGUGGACCUGGUGGACGUCAAGGGUCAGACAGCUCUGUAUGUGGCUGUGGUUAACGGACACCUGGACUGUGUUCGGAUCUUGCUGGAGGCAGGGGCAGACCCAAACGGCAGCAGACACCAUCGCAGCACUCCUUUAUACCACGCAGCCCGGGUGGGCAGGGUGGACAUCCUACAGGAACUGAUCAGGUUCAAUGCUGAUGUGGAUGUGGACCACCAGCUGGGACCGAGGCCUCUGUUCAGUGCCCGCACCCUUUCCACACUAGUGGUGUGUCCUCUCUAUAUCAGUGCUGCCUACCAUCAUUUACACUGCUUCAGGCUGCUCCUGGAGGCCGGAGCCAACCCAGAUUAUAACUACACUGGCCCCGUGAGCCGUGAAGCGCUGAACAGAGGCCUGGCCUCCUGCCUGCUGGACGCUGUGCUUCGACAUGGCUGUGAGCCUACUUUUGUUAGGCUGCUGCUGGAGCAUGGCGCUGAUCCACUACUCGUGCCAUGGGAGGAACCUGACCCCGAUAUGAUGGGAAGAGUGCGCGUCAAUCCUGAGGCCUUAAACAUCUAUCAAGAGGCCAGGAAAUGUCCAGAGAGGCUGACUCAUUUGUGUCGUAUAGCCAUUCGGCAGGUGAUGGGCAAACACCGCCUGAGGCACAUCUCCAGCCUUCCUUUGCCUGAUUCUAUCAAGAAUUUUCUGCUCCACAGAGACUUCUGUUCCCUUUCAUGAAGAAAGUGCGAAUAAAACCGAAGGCUCUACAAGCUAUGUCAUGGCCUGUACCUGUACAAGGGGCACUGGUAAGUUUUUGUAGGCUGGAGAUAAUGCUGAUGGACAGAAAAUGAUCUGCAGUCCUUUGAGAUCCUGAAGGCUUGGUCCUAUGGCUUUGUUGUUACUGUAGCUGCAUUGCACUUCUGAUGGUGGGAGCACAUUCCCUAAGAAAGCAAACACUUCCGGUUUCAUAGCACAUCAUUCUGUAUGUUGCAUGUUGGUAAAAUUCUCUUUGUUUACAAAAUAUACUUACAGUAGCAUAUUCCUUAAAAGUAAUAUAAUCACCUGAAUACACUGCAUAACCAUGUUAUCUCUUGUGUAUCGUUUCGACCGUUGGAUGUAAGAGCAUCGGUAAUUUAUAUUUAAGAACAAAUUUUAUAUUUCUUUUAGGGUUCCUGUGGUGUAAAAUUAAAAAAAAAAAAAACAACCUUAAUUUAUGAUUCUUUAUGACGUGUAUGUAUUUAUAUGACACUUAAACAUCUUGUUAAACCUUGCCUUUGCCUUAAAUUAAAUUCAGAUGCCUGUAAUAAAC